AUGACUUCUUGGAAGAAAACCAUCACUACACCUUUCAAAAAAGCUUGUACUUUCUUCAAAGAUCAACCCACAAGAGAUCACAAGAAAUCUCAAACAGAGCAAGAGAGAAGUGUAAUGGAUCUACAGGGUGAAGUAAUGGCAUGUGGAUAUGAAGAUGUUCAAGUUAUGUGGUCAAUUCUGGAUAGGACUAAAUCCACAGCCACAGAACAGAAUGCAACAUAG